CCUGCUGAUUGGAUUGCAAUGGGCCAUCCCCCUCCCUCGUUGUCUGUCUGUCUGCCUGCCUCGCCCACUGGCAGGUAGACAGAUGCCCAUCAUCAUGGGGAUGCAUUGCUUCGGUCGGUCGGUCGGUCUGUCUGUAUGUCUGGUUUGCGUCAACUGCACAUCAGGCUUGUACAUCAAUGUCAUGAAGACGACGUUGAUUCCUUGUCCUUGUUGGCCGCAACGGCGACCUCGAAGCCGCCAUAGCCGGCGACCAAUGCAGCGUCCUGCAUUCCAGCCAGCCAUCCAUCCAUCUGUCUGUCUGUCUGUGUGUUGUGUGUGUGGGUGUGGGUGUGCUGUGUGUUAACGUGCCUCUGAUAUGGGCUCGAUGGACAUGGUGGCUUUGACGUGGUCCAAACCGGGCUCGCUCAACAGAGAACCUGCACACACAGACACACACACACACACACAUAGAGAGAGAGAGAGAGAGGGAGAGAGGGAUGGGCACGUGUGCUGGUGUGGGUUUGUCUGUCUGUCGGCGGUUUACCGUCCAUUGCCCAUUUGAAGAGGAAGGGGUCCUCGUGUCCAGUGAAGAUGACGCUCUCGUGCAGCCGCACUGACAUGCUGCAUACACACACACACACACACAUCCCUCUAUCCAUCCUUCUUCCUCUCAUGUGCGACCGACAUGUUGGUCAUGGUGGGCAUGGCCGCAAUGAGCCGCAUCGUCGGCAGGGUGUACAGGAAGGCCAUCCGAGCGCCUCCACCUGCACACACACACACACGCGCGCCGAUGACAUUAAUGAGAUGGUGUGUGUGUGCUUGUGUGCUUGUGUGCUUGUGUGCGUGUCGGGGUGUACCAUACCAGCCACCAGCCAAUGGCCAAGAGGGUCACAAUCAACGCUCGACAGAUGGUGCGGCGCGAAAGGGGCUGAGAAACCACACACACACACACACACUCGCACAGCACAGCACAUGUCCUCCCGUGUGGCUGUGUGUUAUGUGGGUGUGCGGAGAGGUACGUGUGGGCUCGGUGGGGGCGUUGGUUGCUGGCGUGAAGGACGACACGUGUGCACCGCUGCGGGGGUCUGCACACACACACAUUAGACGUAUACUGGUUGGUCGUGUACCUCUCUCCCUCUCUCUCUCUCUCUCUCUCUGUGUGUGUGUGUGUGUGUGUAUGUGUGUGUGUGUGGAUGUACCGAAGAAUCGCAGGCAGCCGUCCUCAGAGGCCGUGACAAGCUGACCACCACAACAACAACCCAACACAGGUACAAAACACAACACGAAGCUCUCUCUUUGUCCUGUCUGUGCCGAUUCAAUCAUAUCAUUACCUGCUUCGUCUGUCCGGGGACGUACUUCAUCUCGUGGAUGACCACUUUGGGGCCCCCGGUGUUUACCGUUCCCAUCUUCCGGACAUCUGCACACACACGCACCUCGGACCACACACGCACCUAUCUGUGUGUGCGUGUGUUGCCUGAGGGGGGAGAGAGAGAUUCCCUCCCUACCGGGUGUGUUGAGGUCGUGGACGAUGAACGAGCCGUCGGUGGACGCGGCAAUGAAGAGAUGGUUCCUCUGUCACACAGACACACACAGACAGACGAAUGGAUGGAUGGAUGGAUGGGCCAUCGUCCUGUGUGUGUGUGUGUGGCAGUUACGUCUGUGUCGAUAGCCAAAGCCACGUUGACCGAGCUGCUCUCCUGCACACACACCCCACCCCACACACGCCACACACGCCACACGCGGGCAUGAGAGUGUGUGUGUGUGUGUGUGUGCAGGGAGACGAAUGAUCGAGGACACACAAACCGGCAGAGGGAUCUCUCUCGGAUGCACCCCCCGAACCUCCCCUGCAACUCCACCACACACACACACAUAUGAGCCACCAGCAAAGGUCAACGAGUGUUGGUUGAUGCCUACCGGUGGUCCGAUUGCCCUCGUCGCACACCUCCUGCCAGUUCCACACGUGCACCCGGCCGUGCGCAGCCCUGCACACACACAUACGUGUGGAUCCCCUUGAGCAGACAGGCCUACAGGCACACGCGGCCUAUCUGUGCGUGAGGGCGUGAGUGCCCACGAGAUGAGCCUGUUGGUGGCACUGUGGAAGGCGGUGGCCAGGACGGGCUUCGUGUGGGCAUGGGGGAGGGAGAACAGCUUCACCACAGAUCGACCGCUGAGUCACUCAUUGCACACACAUCGAUAGGCCGACAUCCGUCUGUCAUGGUCUCAUUCUCUCUCUCUCUCUCUCUCUCUCUCUGUGUGUGUGUGUGUGUGUGUGUAUUUCUGUGCCGGCUCACUCUUCGUUGACUGCGAGUGCCGUCAGAGAGCCGUCGCGGUGGCCGUAGGCUAUCUGCUGCUUGCUGCCUUGGCCGUGGCCGCAGAAGGAGGCCGUGCAGUGAAUCGCGUCCAUCUGGUAUGAUAUGACCCAGGCCAGUCACUCCCCCGGGGCACGACAACAGGACAGGCAGACAAACAGAUCUGACACACAAACAAAGAGAUUGACUCAUUCGAUGAACCAUUUACACGACCAAGUGAAUGCGUGUGUGUACUUCUCGUGGGUUGCUCACCCUUGCUC